AUGGCGCCGUUUGAUUAUUUAAGAGCGAUCGAGACACUUCACGAAUUGCGUAAAAGUGGGGAACGAAAAUCGGAUUUAGUUGUUUCACUAGGUGAAAGAUUGAUACGCGAGUACACCAGAAAACUUGGUGAUGAAAUUUGGCCUAUAUAUGAACAAGUUUUCAUCUCUGCACUUGAUCAGGGAAAUGACACAUUAGCAAAGGCGUGUCUUGAAAAACUUGAAAAACGAUUUCCUGGAUCGCCUCGGGUUAAAAUAUUGGAAGGAAUGAAAUUAGAAGCAGAAAAUAAAUUAGAUGAAGCAUUGCGACUUUAUGAUGAAAUUUUGGAAAAGGAUGAUUCAAAUAUCGCAGCUUCGAAGCGUCGGGUUGCCGUGUUUAAAGCAAAAGGACAGGAUCAACAAGCAAUGGAAGCUUUAACGAAAUAUCUUGAUGAUUUUUACAACGACACUGAAGGUUGGCUGGAACUGUCAGACCUAUAUUUAAGAUUUCAUUCGUAUCAGCAAGCGGCAUUUUGUCUUGAAGAACUUAUUUUACUUCAGCCACAAAACCAUUUUUAUCAUUUAAAAUAUGCUGAAAUAUUGUACACAAGUGAUACAAGUGAUAAUAUUAAUUUGGCUUUAAAAGAAUUUUGUCGUGUUGUCGAAUUAUGCGAGGAUCAUGUUAGAGCUCUCUAUGGAAUUAAACUGUGCACAGCUCGUAUUUUGAGUCUUCCAAUAAACAAUCCGAAAACAAUUUCCGAGUUAAGUGACUUAGCUGUCGAACGCCUUAAAAAAAUUUAUUCUGUAAAUAAUAAUAGUGUUAAAGAUGGUUUAAAUGAAAUUAGACAAGUUAUCCCAGCCUUUAGUCACCGCUGUCUUUUGGUUAUAAAACGAGAAUACGAAACCAUGAGUUAUGUCGCUAAAGGCAAAGAAGAAUAUGCAGAUGAACAACCUAAAGUUCAUCGCAUUCGAAUCACUUUAACAUCACGAAAUGUUAAAGCUUUGGAAAAAGUUUGUUCAGAUUUAAUUGGUCGUGCAAAAGAAAAGAAUUUGCGAGUUAAAGGACCUGUGCGUUUACCUACUAAAGUUUUGAGAAUUACUACACGUAAAUCACCUUGUGGUGAGGGUAGUAAAACUUGGGAUAGAUACGAGAUGAGAAUUCAUAAAAGAUUGAUCGACUUGCAUUCUCCUAGUGAAAUUGUAAAACAAAUUACUUCGAUUUCUAUUGAACCUGGUGUUGAAGUUGAAGUUACUAUCGCUUCUUAA